UCCUAUAAGGUAUCAGGACGUGGCGGUCUAUUUCUCCAUGGAGGAGUGGGAGUAUGUAGAAGGACACAAGGAUCAGUACAAGGAUCAGGUCAUGAUGGAGGAUCAGCAGCCCCUCACAUCACCAGUCAGAACCAGUAAGAGAACAGCACCAGAGAGGUGUCCCCGUCCUCUUCUUCCACAGGAUGAUCAGGGAGAAGAUCGGAAGAAUAUUAAUGCUCUAGAGGCAUAUGUGAGCGGUGAUGAGCAGUAUAAGGAGGACAUUCUUACAGAGAAAGAUCUGAUCUAUAAUAAUGCUACAGACAUAAAGGAAGAAGAUGAGACAGAUGUGAGCAGUGAUGAGCAGUAUAAGGAAAAUAUUCCUAAAGGGAAAGAUCUGAUCCACAUUAAUGCUACAGAGAUAAAAGAAGAAGAGACAGAUGUGGGUGGUGAUGAGCAGUAUAAGGAGGACAUUUCCACAGAGAAAGAUCUGAUCUAUAUUAAUGCUACAGAUAUAAAGGAAGAAGAAGCAGAGACAGAUGUGAGCGGUGAUGAGCAGUAUAAGGAGGACAUUCCUACAAGGAAAGAUCUGAUCUAUAUUAACGCUCCAGACAUAAUAGUAAAAGUAGAAGAAGAGACAGAUGUGAGCGGUGAUGAGCAGUAUAAGGAGGACAUUUCUACAAGUAACCACCCAGAUAAUUGUACCUGGAGAUCAGAGGAGAAUCUUAUAUCUUCAGAUUAUAAAGCAGAUGAUGAUAUCACACAAGAUACAUAUGAAGAACAUUCCAUUAUCCCAGAUACACCCUCAGCCCUUCACAGCCAAGAUCUGUCAUCUCAUCCUUAUAUACAGGUCCUGUCUUCUCAGUCAUCACAGGAUGUUCAGCAAAAUAAAAGUCACAAAAGGAAUGAUGGACAUCAACGAGCUCAUACAGGAAAGAAACCAUAUUCAUGCUCAGAAUGUGGGAAAUGUUUUACAUUUAAAUCAGUUCUUGUUGUACAUCAAAGAACUCACACAGGAGAGAAGCCAUUUUCAUGUUCAGAAUGUGAAAAAUGUUUUAAUCGGAAAUCACAUCUUGUUCAACAUCAAAGAACUCACACAGGGGAGAAAACAUUUUCAUGUUCAGAAUGUGGAAAAUGUUGUACUCAGAAAUCAGAUCUUAUAAAACAUCAAAGAACUCACACAGGGGAGAAGCCAUUUUCAUGUGUAGAAUGUGAUAAAUGUUUUAUUAAGAAAUCAUAUCUUUUUGUACAUCAAAGAACUCAUACAGGAGAGAAGCCAUUUUCAUGUUCAGAAUGUGAAAAAAGUUUUAAUCGGAAAUCACACCUUGUUCAACAUCAAAGAACUCACACAGGGGAACAAACAUUUUCAUGUUCAGAAUGUGAAAAAUGUUAUACUCAGAAAUCAGCUCUUAUAAAACAUCAAAGAACUCACACAGGGGAGAAGCCAUUUUCAUGUUCAGAAUGUGGGAAAUGUUUUACUCAGCAAUCAAAUCUUGUUAAUCAUGAGCGAAUUCACACAGGAGAGAAGCCAUUUUCAUGUGUAGAAUGUGAGAAAUGUUUUACUAAGAAAUCAUAUCUUGUUGUACAUCAAAGAACUCACACAGGAGUGAAGCCAUUUUCCUGUUCAGAAUGUGGAAAAUGUUUUGCUCAGAAAUCAGAUCUUGUUAAACAUCAAAGAACUCACACAGGGGUGAAGCCCUUUUCAUGUGCAGAAUGUGGGAAAUGUUUUACUGAUCAAACAAGUCUUAUUCAACAUCAAAGAACUCACACAGGAGAGAAGCCAUUUGUAUGUGUAGAAUGUGAGAAAUGUUUUACUUGUCAAUCAAAUCUUCUUAAACAUCAGAAAACUCACACAGGGGAGAAGCCAUAUUCAUGCUCAUAAUGUGGGAAAUGUUUUAUUUAGAAAUCAACACCUAUUAGACAUCUAAGAAUUCCUACAGGAGAGAAGCCAAUUCAGAGCAAUAAAUGAUGCAGAUAACACAUCUAUAUAUUCACCAUGUACAUAGGAUAUCUGACAUUUAUACAUAUAUCAUAUACUGCAUCUCCAAACUUGUUACCAAUUGUUAAUAAAAGUUUUCUAUUAGG